AAUUCUCGAAAAAAACGAUCCACGAAGAAUAGCAUAUUUCACAAAUGGUGAAGGAAAAGGUACAUUAGAAAGUUGUCAAGUGUGCAAAGAAGAAAACCCAAGGCAUAAUAUGUAUAACAUAUCACCUGACCAUUGGUUUUGUAAGCUUGAACAUAUGUACGCAUGGAAGAGUGCAGGAAGUCAAUAUAAUCUUAAUAAAAACAAGAUCUUGAUGGUUGCCCUUAAUUAUGUUACUGUGCAACAAUUAAUAGUCAAGGAAUGA